AUGCUCACCUCUCAGCAAAAUAUGAGGAAUGAGAUGCAGUUAAACAAUGAGGUGGUGCAAGGGAUGCAAAGCGCUAAAAAAGAACACAAGGCUAAUAUGGAUAUGAUGAACAAACAGUUAUCCCAGCUGGCAACCUCGGUGGGUGAAAUGAAAUGGAACUCAGGGAUACUUCCAUCUACAGUCCAUAUACCAGAGAAAGCAAACGUAAGCAAAAUCGCGUUGCGGUCUGGCACAUCAUAUAAAGGGCCUGAGAUGAAGAAGUUAGAGAAGGAGCCGAACCCUCAAGUGAUGGAGCAAGCUCAAAUUGGAAAAAGGUCGAGCGAGGUUGAAGAGGAGAAAACCCAACUGCCUAGGAGGAGCGGCCUCGACAAAACCGGGUCAGUUAUUGAGCCUCUCGCCGAAGCAGAGAAGAAGGAUUCUGAAGAGGUCAUCGAAAUUCCAAGGGAAGCGGCGAAGGGAGAGAAACCAUUCCCCUAUCGUUUUGUGACAAAAAGGAAGAAGGAGGACCCCGUGGAUUAUCUGUCCAUAUUCGGGAAGCUGGAUGUUACCAUACCUUUCCUCCAAUCCGUGAAGCUACCACCAUUGGGAAAGUUCAUUAAGGAGUUCAUAGCAGGAAAGGCGGAGGAGGAUGGAAAAAUCAUGGUGCAAGGGAUAGAUUCGACCAUAGUGCAUGAGAAGCUCCCACCUAAGAGAGCCGACCCAGGUAUGUUUACUUUGCCCAAAACUAUUGAGGAUGUCAAAAUUGAACAUGCAAUGUGCGAUCUAGGAGCAUCCAUAAAUGUUAUGCCAUAUGCGAUCUAUAACCGUUUGAAAGGAGUAAAGCUAACAAGUACUACGGUCCUAAUUCAACUGUCUGAUAGGUCCCGCAUCAGCCCUGAAGGAGGUGGAGAAAAUGUGUUGGUAAAGGUACAUGACUUUUUAUAUCUAGCUGAUUUUCAUGUGAUUAGAAUGAGUGAGCCGGAGGCUAGUGAAUCUAGCGGGAUACUCUUAGGCAAAACCUUUUUGAGAACAGCGUAA